AUGUCUUCUGCUGCCCCCAUUCAUCAAGCCCUGACCCAACUGAUCAACAAUGGCCCUGGUGGAGCUCCCUCACAGUGUCAACAGCAUGACCGCCAUCCCUCAGAGAGGGCACUUUAUCAAGCUGAGGAAGAGCAAGAUCACAAUGUCCAUCGGCAAAAUGGACAAUGCAAAAUCAAGGUGACAUGCAAAAAGGGCAUGGAUGAAGGUCAUGAUGGCAUGCAGUUUUCAUCUCAAACUAUCAGCCUGUCAAAUGGCAGUGUCCCGGCCAAUGGCCUGCUUGAUUUGAGGCCCUGGUUUAGUAGGGUCCCCCCACCAGACAAGCACAAGCAAGACCAACCCUCAAGCAUGUCAGUUCAAACCUCAAGACAAGACAAGUGCAUGCCAGUCCAAACUUCCCAGUCUGGUGGCUGGUGGGAAGACACUUUAACAAAGGACUCUGGAUUUGUCAAUUGUGGCCAUGCAUCCAAUGAUAGCAGUGUCCCAUCUGCACCUCACAAGUUGACAGUAGCUCAUGCAAAAGAGCUCAUGCAACUUCAGCAGGUGCAGUCCACUAUUAAUACUCCAAGUCAAGGCAACUUAGAUGAUGACUUGUACCAGUCCAACAGCAAACAGAAUCACAGCAACAAUUACAAAGAUUACAAGAAUGAAGAUCAUACAGAUGAUGAUGACAUCUUCCUGGGUAGAGAUGGGGAGGACAAUGCUCACUGUAAUGGUUUGCAUAAGCAUCCAUGA